CCCUGCUGGAGGAAGGGGGCUCUAGGCUGCGUUACGUGGCCUGUACUACUGAGGAUGCCCGUCUGGUCCUCAACAAGAUGCUCCAGCCACACCAGGCCCCUGUCAGUUUCUCAGCCAUAGAGAGCUGUAGUCCAGUGCACGUGCCCAGAGUGGGCGCUCACGGAGGGGUCUACCUUUUCGACGAGUCUCGAGCCUCUUCACAGUGUUAUGGCUCGUUUAUCGCCAUUCCCAUAUUGGACCCCCGAGAGCAGGGACGAGCUAUUGGGGUGCUGGGUCUCGACACACUCCGAGAUUCAAACGACACACACCUGUUCUCACGCCAUGAGAUAGACUUCUACCAGGGUGUGAGCAGUGAAUUCAGCAGAGCUCUCCAGCAUGUGGUGACUCGCUGCAGCAUACUGCACAUUGUGGAGAGCGCCUCACUCUGGCUACACAGCAGAGUCUCUGCCGUUCACAGUAUCACCACCUAUCUGAUGGAGCCUUCAGACGGACAGGGCAGUGACUGCUCUCUGAGGAAGAUGAUGGUGAUGGAGGGAGGUUCUCGUCGCUCCCAUUGGCUCUCCCCUCCUCCUUCCUUACGGCGCUCAGAUCACAUCCCCAGAGACUACCUGUUCCAGUGCUGUGACACCUCCCAGGCUGGGCACUAUGUCGUGUUUGGGGCGUACAGACUGGUGCUCCCUGUGAGGGACUCAGCUGGGUGGGCCCUGGGGGUGGUGGACAUGGAGUUAGAAACCCUCUCAUCGGGCCACCAGAGGGGGCUGCAGCCCCACGAGCGCCGGGACCUGUCGUCUGCAGGGAAGGCACUGCAGGCUGCCUGCGUUCAGCUGCACAGAGAAAGCACUGGGCCGAGCAGGCAACACACACUGCUGGAGGCGAAGGGCCUGGGAGGGGAGCGGCGGGCGUCCAUCUUGUUCCUAUGUUUCAUGCUGGAGCACUUGCGUGUCCGCUGUGUGUCCGGAUUGGACCAAUCAAUUGUAGCGGCGCUCCAGAGCUCCCAGGAUGCAUCUCACCACUUCCAUGUCAGUCAAGUCGUGAAGGCGGUGCUUCUACUGCUGUACCCUGAGAGGGAGGGUUCUGUCCAUACAGACAAUUGGGACCAAAUGAAGAUGAUGCUGAGCACUGACCUGGGCUACAGGCUGGCCAGGUUUGAACCCUUAGCCAGGGCAGUGACAGUGGACAGGGAGUUGGUCCACAGCUGCAUAGCAGUUUCAGGAGUUGAAAGGAGGGAGUUGGGGCAACAUGGAUCAUUACCACUGGAGGACCUGUAUGACUGGGUAUCCAUCUGUUUGUCUAUCUGUUCCUACUAGAUUCAAGUUUGAAAGUUUAUUCACCACGUACACAGGAUACAACAGGCAUAAAACAGAACAGUGAAAUGCUUUCCUUGAGAGGUCUUUCCCAACAAUGCAGAGAUGAUAUAGAUAACAGAACAUUUAAAAAAAGAAGUUUGAAUUAAAAACCCACACGAGAACAAUGAUGUGAGUUAGAAACAUGAGAAUACAAGUAUAUACAUGUCAGUGCUUGUACCUUAUUCAAUUUGCAGGGGUACUGGAGUGGUUGAGGUGGGUUUCUACAUAAAAAGUGACAGGUUGUAGGAUAUACAGUUGAAGUCGGAGGUUUACAUACACCUUAGCCAAUUACAUUUCAACUCAGUUUUUACACAAUU